UGAACCAGCUUCCUGAAAAUCAAUAGCGUCCGUUCUUAAGGUAUAAAGUAAGCACCAAAUUUCAACAUAAUCGGCAACAUUUAAAAAGAGUUGCACACAGACGGACGACAAUACAAUACAAAGAAUCUGAGGAUCCUUAAUAAACCAUUCUAAAGCACAUAACGAAUUUCGCAGUUAUUCCUACGCCUACCCGCCAUCUACAGAAAUCACAGUCAAGAGAACAGGCUUAGAAAAUGAUCAGUCAGGGAAAGAAAGAGUGACAAUUGAUCUUCUUUCAGAUAGUCAGGCUGCAUUGACGUCUAUAACAGGUUACACUUGUCUGGGAGUGCAUUAGCAACUUGAGGCAGCUGGCAAACGAAAGCAUAUCAUAAACAGUGGGUGGAGAGGGAUAGAAUCAAAUACUUGAAUAUGCAAACAUGGUUACAUACCUACAUCAAAAUUCUUCGGGCCUGCGAGCAAGCAACAUAGCCAGUGGCGUAACUAACAUAAUAAAAGGCCAGAUUUAACACCUGACGGUAAACACAACAGGGCGAGUUAACUAAAACCUGAAAGAAACGCUCUACAUGCUAACUGGACUAAAACGUUGUUUUAUAAUGUGCUAUUGGAAUUAUCUAAACCAAGAAACUAUAUUCGAAUGGUCAAAACGAAUCCUAAAAUAGAAUCAUUUGUACGACCAUUAAUUGUCAUAUGAGGAUUGUGAAUGAUGUUUACCUUGUAAAAGCAUUUAUAAUUGUUCAGUGUAGUACGAUCUCUUUUAUUUGGAUAUACCUAUUUUCAGAGGUCAUCUCAUUACUAAUGACAGUGCACGAUUUAGUGCCUCUUCACACCGAGCAGCGGAACAGGAUGCAGUGCAGCGCGACUGAGUCGCCUUAACCCGCGACACAGUUGCACGUUCUGAACAAGUACAGUUCUAGAGAGGAGUUUUCAGUUAUUCAUAAUAUUCAAUAUAAACCGUAUACUAGGUCGGUACAUCUGGACAUGUCACGUGUGCAUUUUCCUGCCCUUACUGCAUUCGUCUAUAAUAUUAAUACAACAAAUUUCCGGGUUCCGAAGAUAAACCAUUGAUGCACAGCUGGAUUAACCUUUCUGCUAAAAAUAUGAGUGAUUCGAAGCGUAGAAAACUCCAAACACCAUUUUAUCCAGUAUUGUCGCCAGAAUUUACAGACGAAACACCUUUAACUCAGGUUUAUGUGGAUACUAUUAAAAAUAUAAAAUUAAUCUCGAAGGUGUUGGUGGAAUUAAACUCAGUUCUUCCGAUAUCAGAAUUGUGCCAUUUAAAACGGGCAAGGGGUCGAGACAUUUUAGUAUGCCAGUGUAGUGGGGACCUUCAAUCGGAAGAUGUACAUCAAAUUUUAAAGGAGAAAAAGUUUGAUGUAUCCCAACUUGAAGGCAACAUUAAAAAAAUAUUGGUCGCCGAAAUUGCACCCAAAACAAAGAAGCAGUAUCAAACAGUGAAUAAGCUGUGGCCGUGUAACUUUCACAGUGACAAGUAUAUAGAACAAUUACAUGACAAUUCUUUAUUUGGCGCGUCUGAGAUAAAUGAUCACAUCAAAUACAUGCACAUAGCAGUGGACAUUGCUAAGUUUUAUAACAGUCACUCGGGUGUUACGGUAAUUGAUCCGUCAAUAAAUUCUAUUGUUGCAGUAGGCUUUGAUACACAACAUAAUAACCCAUGUCAGCAUGCUGUCAUGGUUGCCAUCGACCAUGUAGCUGUCACUCAGAAUGGCGGCGCAUGGAACCCUACAAGAGGCGAUACUGUUGCAUGUAACAAUAAAAUUGUAAGCGGUUUACCUUCUGAAGCAUUGAAGUUUUUACAAGAGAAAUAUACCUGCAUCGAAUUUGGUGCGAAGAAGUUUAAAGCAAAACCUGACGCUGAAACGCCGUCUGAUGGACCAUACUUAUGCACUGGAUAUGUACUGUAUGUGACACGAGAACCUUGCAUUAUGUGCUCCAUGGCAUUAGUUCACAGCCGUAUUAAAAGAGUUUUCUUUGGGGCUAAGAAUAAUAGUGGCGGUCUUGGUAGCUUAUGCCAAAUACACACUGUCAAACAUUUAAACCAUCAUUAUGAGGUUUUUGGGGGAUUACUUGAACAUGAGUGUUCUAGUUUGGUAACUGUUUGUAGCUAACGAGAGAUAUGUGUGUAUGGAUUGUGGGUUUCUUUAUCUGAAACUAUUAAACACAUCCAACCGCCAAUGUGUAAUGAUCAUCACUGAUAAGAAAGACAAUGCUUUUUAUUUCUUCUAUGAUUUACUGUAGUUUUAAAUAAUUGGAACUUUCAAUGGAUAGUAAAAAGUCACUCACAGUCACUCCCACUUAAAACAUUUAGGGCCAUGUUACUCGUUGGUUGAUGUUUAUAAAAAUUGUCACAUUGGUAAUGGUAAUUUUUGCCAACUUGUUUUAACUAGUUGAAUUAUCGUAAAGCCUCAUUAUAUGGUCAUACUGUUUAUAAAGUUAUUGUGGUCUUCUAGUUCUAGAUCGCUACCUACACCAUCUAAUGUUAAGUAGCAUACAUAUUCACACAAAUUUCUGGGUUAGGAUAGUAAAGCUAAGGUGAAGAAAAUGUAUUACGAACAUAAAAUAAAUCUUACAAAUAUAUUAAGAAAUAUGUUAUUUAUUUAUAUAUUAUGAAAGGAGCAUGCAUUCAAAUAUCUCCUGCCAAAAACUGUAGUUAGGUUUUAAAUAGCAGUUUAUUUAUAUCUCCUAUCUUGUGUACCGUUCGUUUUACAAAAGGUAGAAGGUACCUACCUAGUAUAAGUUCUAGUCAAUAAAUUACACUAUCCUUAUUUUCAUGUUCUAACAAUUUGAAUAGAAAAAGGAUAUAAUUUGAAUGUACGAAAAAAAUCGAUUGCACUGUAUUAUUAAACACAAUACAUAUUUAAAUUUAAUAAUAAACCUUAUUAACAAUUUUUUUUACGUAAUUUCUAAAAUCUACAAUAACAAAGCCACACAUAUUCAUCGCAUUUAUUGCUUUGCUACAGAUAGAAAAAAUUAUCUUGCUACGC